GAGCUAUUAAACAUUUGGACUGGAUAUCACGUUAUAUUUAAGCGUUGUUUAAAAAAUAUUUUUUCUGUUCACUAUCCAGAUACCUCCUCCCAUCAGUGAACAAACAUGAGCAUUGAUGCUGAUGCUGUAACUUACUGAAGUGAUAGACUCACUUGAUUCAUUCGCGAGGACGCAGUAACUACAGAAUGACAAGUGCGCACUACACAGACUACUUUACAAGCAACAAAUCGAUAAGAAACAAUAUGAUCAACACAAAAGCAAGCACUGUACUUUUGGAUUCAGCAUGUGUGCUGAACUGGAUCAGGCAGGGGGUAUCAGGGCCUCUGUGGUGUUCCGAUGCCCCUUCAUCACAGAGGAUCCUCACAGCUGGGCAAGAGACAGCCACGGAUCAGACUCAAGAUGUAAUCCUUUACAAAGUUGGAAAGUUAACUGUGAAAAAGGUGACCUCACUUGACAGUGGAUCAUCUGUUCUGCACUUUAAGUACCAGCUAAAUGAUCAGUUAUCAUGGAGCAUGCAGACGUUGCUCUCUGGCCACAGCCUUUCUGUUGGUAUAGCAAAUGGAGAACUUCUCAAAGGCACAAAAGAAGGACUCACCAGUGUUUUGGAGUUUGCAGAAGAGAAACUGAAGAUCAAUCAUGUCUUUGUGUGGUUCAUGAAGAGCAGGCCAGAUGCAUCUCUCCUUACAAGAACAUUUUUCUGCCUGGGAUUUGAGCUUGUGAAACCAGAUGAUUUUAUAGCAUCUUCGGCAGGAGAUUUGCGUCUCAUGGUCUACACAAUACAACAAAUUCACUCAUCAGAAGAAUGACUGCAAGAUGUAACAGAAACAUUUCAAUAGACUGUUGUGUAGUGCACUAAAUGCAAACAGUGUCUGGAACAUUCAGCCAAAUAAGACUAUUCCAAUUAUGGUUUAAUUACUUUUUCCUGUAACAACACAUAGCCUACUUUCACCACAAAUAUGCAUUUUGAAACUGAGCAUCUCAGCAUCUUAUUUUCACUGAAUUCAAACAGCAGCAAUAUAUUUGGGUUGUUGUUUAUGUGGUAAAUUACUCAAAUGUCAGAUAACAUCCCUGUGAUGUGUGAUAGGUGACAGCAUUGUCCUACAUGUUGUUUAGUUACUGCUAAAAUGAUUCAGUAAAAUCAUAAAUAAAACCAACUGCACUUACA